AUGUCGAAGCUCAAACUCGUCGGCGGAAGGUCAAUCACCAUGGAUGAGGCCAUUGAGCUUCGCCAAACGGUUUUUGGUUCCGCGGCUAGUCCUCCUCGAGGCGAAUGGACCCGCACAGGAAUUAGCUUCGGUGCAGUAAAUGGGGAAUAUCCGUACGGUCUACGAACACCCCGAAAUGCCACCCGUGGAAUGCAAUCGGUUCUGCAGGCCUUCAUCAUUAAACAUUUUAUAUUCGAUAAUAAGCCUAGAGAGAAGUCUGUCCCGCUAGAAGAUCUGCUUAAACCAACAGAGGCAGAACAGGCACAGGCUUUGUAUCUGGCGAUUUCGGACAUUCUGUGGAACAUUGGUGAGAAGACCAAAUCACUGAUUGUACUUCCCGGGGAAACAUCUCACAUUCCGCACAGUCAUGUGUACUUCCAGGACAACGUGACCGAGAAAUUGUUCUUUUUCGAGUUCACCAAGCUGGACGAAAUGCAAAUCUUCAUGAAACGUUAUUUACCUUAUUUCACAGAAAAUCCUGGCCCAGGAGCACUGCUGCUGUUGUACAGUGCUGUUCUUACACGCGGGAUGGAGAAUCUCCGCAAUGAUUUAGAUGCACCGAAAGGAGCACAUUUAAUGGGACCUCACGAAGAAGGAUCAUUGAAUGUUGUAACGCUUUUACUAACCGGCCGUGCUACACCCUACCUACACAACGGAGUUGUCUACGUAGGCGAUGAAGAUCAUUACGCCUUACCACAAUUCGGAAUCCUCGGCCGUGGAUCCAUUGGUCUUCUAAUAUGGGAAGGGGAAAAUGAAGCAAUGCGGUCGGCUUCCCGACAACCCGGAUCACGCCUGAAGACCCCUGCCACACCGGUUUGGGUAAGCUGUUGUUGUGGCCACUAUGGCGUUCUGUUCAAUUCAAACCGUGAGCUGUUGAGAAACUACCACGCGGAAAAGCGAUUCGAACUACAUUACUACACCUGUGCGGGAUGUUACCUCUCAAUGACGGUCGACAACCGGCAGCAAGAUGAGGGCGGAGAUGAUGGAGAAGAGGACGGCGAGCGAAAGCAAAAUGACAUGGUCUCUACUCCGCUGGAGCGGUUGAUCCAUACCAAAUGGAUGGAAGCUAAGAUUACGUACCAUGGGGUGCUACCAGCGUCUUUGAACUUUUAA